GUAGCGGCGGCGCGCGGCCGAAGACGUGCGGCCGCGCGGGAGUGUUUGCGCCGGGAGCAGGCUGAGGGAUUGCAAGGCAGCCGGCGGCGACUAUGGCAGCGGGCCGGCGGCGGCCGUAGUGGCCCAGGCCUGGGCUUCAGCCUCCCGGGGCCCCAGAGGGCGGGGCGGUCCGGGCCGCGGCGGUGGCGGCGCCAAUUCCCCGCUCCCGCCCGAGGACUCCUGCGGGCGCUCGCGGAGGACCAGCGGACUCGCGGCGCGAAUUUGACUGAGGGGCGGGGACGCAGUCUGUUCCCCGGCGCUCCCGACAGGGCCGGGCCGGGCUGGGCCGGGCGGGCCCCUGGGAGCAGCCCCCGGGCGGGGGACCGUCGCGGAGACCCGAAGCCGGAGCUAGAGGCGGGCGGUGGGCCCAGGCGGAGUCCCGGCCGAAGCUGGUGGUGCGGGGGCGGUGCUAGGCCCCGAGGCUGCCGGACCUGAGCGCGAGGAGCCUGAGUGCGGGUCCGGCGGUGGCGGCAUGAGCCGGCCCCCACCGACGGGGAAAAUGCCCGGCGCCCCCGAAACCGUGCCGGGGGACGGGGCCGGCGCGAGCCGCCAGAGGAAGCUGGAGGCGCUGAUCCGAGACCCUCGCUCCCCCAUCAACGUGGAGAGCUUGCUGGAUGGCUUAAAUUCCUUGGUCCUUGAUUUAGAUUUUCCUGCUUUGAGAAAAAACAAGAACAUAGAUAAUUUCUUAAAUAGAUAUGAGAAAAUUGUGAAAAAAAUCAGAGGUCUACAGAUGAAGGCAGAAGACUAUGAUGUUGUAAAAGUUAUUGGAAGAGGUGCUUUUGGUGAAGUGCAGUUGGUUCGUCAUAAGGCAUCACAGAAGGUUUAUGCUAUGAAGCUUCUUAGUAAGUUUGAAAUGAUAAAAAGAUCAGAUUCUGCCUUUUUUUGGGAAGAAAGAGAUAUUAUGGCCUUUGCCAAUAGCCCCUGGGUGGUUCAGCUUUUUUAUGCCUUUCAAGAUGAUAGGUAUCUGUACAUGGUAAUGGAGUACAUGCCUGGUGGAGACCUUGUAAACCUUAUGAGUAAUUAUGAUGUGCCUGAAAAAUGGGCCAAAUUUUACACUGCUGAAGUUGUUCUUGCUCUGGAUGCAAUACACUCUAUGGGUUUAAUACACAGAGAUGUGAAGCCUGACAACAUGCUCUUGGAUAAACAUGGACAUCUAAAAUUAGCAGAUUUUGGCACGUGUAUGAAGAUGGAUGAAACAGGCAUGGUACAUUGUGAUACAGCAGUUGGAACACCUGAUUAUAUAUCACCUGAGGUUCUGAAAUCACAAGGGGGUGAUGGUUACUAUGGGCGAGAAUGUGAUUGGUGGUCUGUAGGUGUUUUCCUUUUUGAGAUGCUAGUGGGGGAUACUCCAUUUUAUGCAGAUUCACUUGUAGGAACAUAUAGCAAAAUUAUGGAUCAUAAGAAUUCACUGUGUUUCCCUGAAGAUGCAGAAAUUUCCAAACAUGCGAAGAAUCUCAUCUGUGCUUUCUUAACAGAUAGGGAGGUACGACUUGGGAGAAAUGGGGUAGAAGAAAUCAGACAACAUCCUUUCUUUAAGAAUGAUCAGUGGCAUUGGGAUAACAUAAGAGAAACGGCAGCUCCUGUAGUACCUGAACUCAGCAGUGACAUAGACAGCAGCAAUUUCGAUGACAUUGAAGAUGACAAAGGAGAUGUAGAAACCUUCCCAAUUCCUAAAGCUUUUGUUGGAAAUCAGCUGCCUUUCAUAGGAUUUACCUACUAUAGAGAAAAUUUAUUAUUAAGUGACUCUCCAUCUUGUAGAGAAAAUGAUUCAAUACAAUCAAGGAAAAAUGAAGAAAGUCAAGAGAUUCAGAAAAAACUGUAUACAUUAGAAGAACAUCUUAGCAGUGAGAUACAAGCCAAAGAGGAACUGGAACAGAAGUGCAAAUCUGUUAAUACUCGCCUAGAAAAAACAGCAAAGGAGCUAGAAGAGGAGAUUACCUUAAGGAAAAGUGUGGAAUCAGCAUUAAGACAGUUAGAAAGAGAAAAGGCGCUUCUUCAGCACAAAAAUGCAGAAUACCAGAGGAAAGCUGAUCAUGAAGCAGACAAGAAACGAAAUUUGGAAAAUGAUGUUAACAGCUUAAAAGAUCAACUUGAAGAUUUGAAAAAAAGAAAUCAAAACUCUCAGAUAUCCACUGAGAAAGUGAAUCAACUCCAGAGACAACUGGAUGAAACCAAUGCUUUACUGCGAACAGAAUCUGAUACUGCAGCCCGGUUAAGGAAAACCCAGGCGGAAAGUUCAAAACAGAUUCAGCAGCUAGAAUCUAACAAUAGAGAUCUACAAGAUAAAAACUGCCUGCUGGAGACUGCCAAGUUAAAACUUGAAAAGGAAUUUAUCAAUCUUCAGUCAGCACUAGAAUCUGAAAGGAGGGAUCGAACCCAUGGAUCAGAGAUAAUUAAUGAUUUACAAGGUAGAAUAUCUGGCCUAGAAGAAGAUUUAAAGAACGGCAAAAUCUUAAUAGCGAAAGUAGAACUGGAGAAGAGGCAACUGCAGGAGAGAUUUACUGAUUUGGAAAAGGAAAAAAGCAACAUGGAAAUAGAUAUGACAUACCAACUAAAAGUUAUACAGCAGAGCCUAGAACAAGAAGAAGCUGAACAUAAGGCCACAAAGGCACGACUAGCAGAUAAAAAUAAGAUCUAUGAGUCCAUCGAAGAAGCCAAAUCAGAAGCCAUGAAAGAAAUGGAGAAGAAGCUCUUGGAGGAAAGAACUUUAAAACAGAAAGUGGAGAACCUAUUGCUAGAAGCUGAGAAAAGAUGUUCUAUAUUAGACUGUGACCUCAAACAGUCACAGCAGAAAAUAAAUGAGCUCCUUAAACAGAAAGAUGUGCUAAAUGAGGAUGUUAGGAACCUGACGUUAAAAAUAGAGCAAGAAACUCAGAAGCGCUGCCUUACACAAAAUGACCUGAAGAUGCAAACACAACAGGUUAACACACUGAAAAUGUCAGAAAAGCAGUUAAAGCAAGAAAAUAACCAUCUCAUGGAAAUGAAAAUGAACUUGGAAAAACAAAAUGCUGAACUUCGAAAAGAACGUCAGGAUGCAGAUGGGCAAAUGAAGGAGCUCCAGGAUCAACUCGAAGCAGAACAGUAUUUCUCAACCCUUUAUAAAACACAAGUUAGGGAGCUUAAAGAAGAAUGUGAAGAAAAGACCAAACUUGGUAAAGAAUUACAGCAAAAGAAACAGGAAUUACAGGAUGAACGGGACUCCUUGGCUGCCCAACUGGAGAUCACCUUGACCAAAGCAGAUUCUGAGCAACUGGCUCGUUCAAUUGCUGAAGAACAAUAUUCUGAUUUGGAAAAAGAGAAGAUCAUGAAAGAGCUGGAGAUCAAAGAGAUGAUGGCUAGACACAAACAGGAACUUACCGAAAAAGAUGCCACAAUUGCUUCUCUUGAAGAAACUAAUAGGACACUAACUAGUGAUGUUGCCAAUCUUGCGAAUGAGAAAGAAGAAUUAAAUAACAAGCUGAAAGAUGUUCAAGAGCAACUGUCUAGAUUGAAAGACGAAGAAAUAAGCGCAGCAGCUAUUAAAGCACAGUUUGAGAAACAGCUGUUAACAGAAAGAACACUCAAAACUCAAGCUGUGAAUAAGUUGGCUGAGAUCAUGAAUCGCAAAGAACCUGUCAAGCGUGGUAAUGACACAGAUGUGCGGAGAAAAGAGAAGGAGAAUAGAAAGCUACAUAUGGAGCUUAAAUCUGAACGUGAGAAAUUGACCCAGCAGAUGAUCAAGUAUCAGAAAGAACUGAAUGAAAUGCAGGCACAAAUAGCUGAAGAGAGCCAGAUUCGAAUUGAACUGCAGAUGACAUUGGACAGUAAAGACAGUGACAUUGAGCAGCUGCGGUCACAACUCCAAGCCUUGCAUAUUGGUCUGGAUAGUUCCAGUAUAGGCAGUGGACCAGGGGAUGCUGAGGCAGAUGAUGGGUUUCCAGAAUCAAGAUUAGAAGGAUGGCUCUCAGUGCCUGCACGAAACAACACUAAGAAAUUUGGAUGGGUUAAAAAGUAUGUGAUUGUAAGCAGUAAGAAGAUUCUUUUCUAUGACAGUGAACAAGAUAAAGAACAAUCUAAUCCUUACAUGGUUUUAGAUAUAGACAAGUUAUUUCAUGUCCGACCAGUUACACAGACAGAUGUAUAUAGAGCAGAUGCUAAAGAAAUUCCAAGGAUAUUCCAGAUUCUGUAUGCCAAUGAAGGAGAAAGUAAGAAGGAACAAGAAUUUCCAGUGGAGCCAGUUGGAGAAAAAUCUAAUUAUAUUUGCCACAAGGGACAUGAGUUUAUUCCUACUCUUUAUCAUUUCCCAACCAACUGUGAGGCUUGUAUGAAGCCCCUGUGGCACAUGUUUAAGCCUCCUCCUGCUUUAGAGUGCCGCCGUUGCCAUAUUAAGUGUCAUAAAGAUCACAUGGACAAAAAGGAGGAGAUUAUAGCACCUUGCAAAGUGUAUUAUGAUAUUUCAACGGCAAAGAAUCUAUUAUUACUAGCAAAUUCUACAGAAGAGCAGCAGAAGUGGGUUAGUCGAUUGGUGAAAAAGAUACCAAAAAAGCCCCCAGCUCCAGACCCUUUUGCACGAUCAUCUCCUAGAACUUCAAUGAAGAUACAGCAAAACCAGUCUAUUAGACGACCAAGUCGACAGCUUGCCCCAAACAAACCUAGCUAACUGCCUUCUAUGAAAGCAGUCAUUAUUCAAGGUGAUCGUAUUCUUCCAGUGAGAACAAGACUGAAAUAUGAUGGCCCAAAAUUUAUUAAAAAGCUAUAUUUUCCUGAGAGACUGAUACAUACACUCAUACAUAUAUGUGUUCCCCUUUUCCCUGUAAUAUAAAUUACAAAUCUGGGCUCCUUUGAAGCAACAGGUUGAACCAACAAUGAUUGGUUGAUAGACUAAGGAUAUAUGCAACUCUUCCAGACUUUUCCAUAAAGCGCUCUCGGCAGUCACUCACACUACAGUGCACACAAGGAUUGAGAAGAGUUAAAGUCUAAAGAAAACGUCUUUUCUAGCUUCAACAGAGAGGUUUCACCAGCACAUUUACCAGAAGAAUCUGGGAAUGGAUUCCACUACAGUGAUAUUGACUGCAUCUUUAAGAAGUGACCAUUAUACUGUGUAUAUAUAUAUAAACACACAACAUAUAUAUAUAUAUAUAUAUAUAUAUAUAUAUAUAUAGUACUCUAAUACCGCAAGGUUUUUUAAACUUCCCACUUUAUUUUUUUAUACACAUUAAUCAGAUAUCAUUACUUACUGCAGUUGCAACUAUGCACUUGUAUAAAGCCAUAAUGUUGGAGUUUAUAUCACUCAUUCCUGUGUACCUGAUGGAAGUUGCAUGUUCAUGUUUAAGCAGUUACUGUAACAAGAAGUUUAAAGUUAAUUAUAUCAGUUUCCUAAUGCUUCAUGAUAGGCAACUUUACCCAUUUUGAAUGCCUUAAUUUAAUUUUUUUUCAAAGUCUCAGCCCUUUCUGUAUUAAAAAACAAAAAAAGUGUUUACCAGCUCUUAGGAUGUAAACUAGCUUUGUGGAAGAGAAAUCGUGCACUAUUUUUACACAUAAAUAGUUAUAUCAAUGUCAGCCUAUUUUGAUUAACAAAUGUUUUUAAAGUAUUAUUGGUUAUAGAAACAAUAAUGGAUGGUGUUGGAACUAAUAUAUCCUUGAUGUCUAUUAUUCAUUCAACCCUUUUUACAGACCUCAGUAUUAGUCUGUGACUACAAAAUAUUUUCUUUGCUUUAAAUUUGCUGGCUACCCUAGAUAUGUUUUUAUUCCUGGUAAAGACAUUUGUGAUUACAUCUUCACACUUAAGAUUCAAAAAUUUUCCCAAAUAUAAAGAAAACUAAGACUGUAGAUACAUUUUAAAUAUUUAAAUAUGAUCCUCAGACAUACAGCUGUGUGUGGCAAUAUUUUAGUACUGGGUUAAGAAAACUGGUAACUGGGAAGAAGUGGCCUCAAAGGCACUUAAUUUGAUUUUUAUUUUUUAAAUGCUGUCAAAGUUACAGUUUAUGCAGGACCAUUCGUGUUAUAUUCUCAUGAUCCCAGAUAAGUGUAUAUUUUAUACUGCAACAGUAUGCAGCAAUAGUAAGCAUCAAGUUUUUGUUUUUUGGUUUUUUAAAUUAUGAAGCCUUUUAACAGUCUCUCUUUAUAUAAAUACACACAGAGUUUGGUAUGGUAUUUAAAUACAUCAUCUGGCCGGGCGCGGUGGCUCACGCCUGUAAUCCUAGCACUUUGGGAGGCUGAGAUGGGUGGAUCACCUGAGGUCAGGAGUUCAAGACCAGCCUGGCCAACAUGGUGAAACUGUGUCUCUACCAACAUACAAAAACUAGCCGGGCAUGAUGGCAGUUGCUUGUAAUCCCAGCUACUCGGGAGGCUGAGACAGGAGAAUCGCUUGAACCCAGGAGACGGUGGUUUCAGUGAGCCAAGACCGCACCACUGCACUCCGGCCUGGGCAGCUGAGCGAGACUCCGUCUCAAAAAAAAAAAAAGUCAUCUAAUAUUUCAAUGAAGGAAGUAGACAUUUUUCACUGAUUCCCUCUGACAUCAGUUAGAGAUGUUUAAAGAGUUAGAUCCCCACAAUAGAUAGUAUUGUGGAAACUGAAGAGUAGCCACUGGCCUACUGAUAGACUGAAACUGAUAUUGUUAUUAUGUUCUCCAGUCUGCACUCUGCUGUGCUGUCUGUGCUCAGACUAGAUGUGCAUGCCGUUUCCCUUGCAGGUGUGUUCUGCAGCUCUGGUUUUGGGGGACAGCUCUUUUUUAAGUAAGAUUAAAAAAUAAAAAAUAUAUAAAAUUUAUAUAGAAUAAAUAUUUCCAUUCAUUAGAGUUGUUAAAAGGAGACUGAAUUAAUAUUUUAUAUAAAGAUUUUGUUACAUUAUGGGAGGUUCUAUCCUAUUCUGAAUUGGAGAGUAUAUAUAUAUAUAUAUAUUUUUAAUAAACUUUAUUAAGGUGAAAUAAUUUCAAGUUUACACGAGUAACAAAUAUUUGAGUAAAAAAGGCAAAAGUUUAAAUUUGGAAUGCUGUAUAUAUUAGAGAACAUGAGGAAUCAUGGUGUGACCAACUGUAUAAGGAAGAUUCAUAUGAAGGUCUUAGGAGAAAAAUAAUUCUGAAGGGUGAAAAAAAAAUCUCUCCCAUGGAGAUUCUUCACAUUAUAUGGUUUGACAUAAGGGUUUAUAAGGUUGUUUGUCCAACUAAUGAAAAUGCGCUUAAUAAAAAAUUCUGGCCUUGGGUGAGAAUUCGCUUUUUACCGCAUUGCCGCUUUCACGUACAUACAUGAGUGCAUGCAUCUAUAAACGUGUUUUCUUUCCAACACUUAUUAAAUAUGAAACAACCUGAUUUUGUGCUCGUUUCUCUUUUUUCUUGAGGCCCUAAAGCUUCCAAGAUAAAUAUUUAUAAGACUAAAAGUUGCUUGUUCCUUCACACCUGAUUUCUCCUAGAGCCAUAAAUACCUCCUAUGGGGAACUAAGAAAUCAUGAAUACUGGGAUUUUCUUAUUGGAUUUUUUACUUUUGUUUUGUGGGGAUAACGAGACAGAAGUGAAAGGAAAACUGGUGCCGAUAUUGCUGUUUAAAUUAAUGUAUAGUGAAUGUUUUUAAAGUAUUAAUUUAAAAAAACCAUGUUCUCUAGAAACAAAUUUUAAAAAUCUAUAUGAAAGUUUUAAAAUGUUCUAGCUAACUAAUGGAUAAGCAUACCAGUAAAGCCAAAAUAAAGGUUAGUGCUUUUAAAACUAACCUGUGUUAGAGUUACAUGAAUCUGGCUCUAAAGUAUGUAUUUUGCAUCCAUUUAUCUAUAGAUCCUAAACAGAAAUACUCUAGGUUGCUACACCACAGUUUUAAGAAGUUAUGCUGCGGCUGUUAUUCUCUUCUAGAAUUCUGGUGGUAAAGUAGAGAAACUCGGACACUGUAUUAACCUUAUUGAAACAUGUUUUAAAUCGUGUCUAAAAUCUGACUGGAGCAAGUCACUGCCGAGCUUCUCAGUCUGCAUUGACACUGCUACUGACUCACCUCUCCUUCCCUGGAAUAAGGCUUCAGCUUCCCUAUGUUGUGAAGACACCAUUUGUAAGCACUUUGAACAUAAGCACUGUGCGACAGCGCUGGAUAUCAUGCUUGGGGGGGCCUCUCCCUGACUCCCAUCCCCGUAAUAAUGAGUUUUGUUUGAAAUUGUAGUAAGUAAUGAACUGCAUGGUUUAGAAAAUCAUAAAUAUUUGAUCAGCUGUCCCCUCUGAACAAAAAUUGCACCCCUUUUUAGAAGUUUUGUUGCAUCUUUGUAGUAAUGUAAUUGUAUUUCAUGCCUGCUUUUUAUAAAAAAAAAUAAAAUAAAUGGAGA